UAAACUCUCCCUGUCUCAGUCCUGAGCCAUCAUUCGGUGAGAGAUGCCAGGGAGGCUUUGAUGCAGUAGCAAACAUCAGAGGAGAGGUCUUCUUCUUUAGAGGUGCACAUUUCUGGAGGACCAAGCGAGAUGGCUCCUUGGUGUCCUUGAGGCCGGCUCUGAUCACAAACUUUUGGAUGGGCCUUCCAAAAGGGACAAACAAGGUUGACGCCGUUUAUGAGAGGAAGAGUGACAGCAGAAUCAUCUUCUUCAUUGGCUCUCAGUACUGGGUCUUCAAAGACACGAUUGCCAUGAGUGGCUACCCUCGGCCCCUGUCCGACUGGAACAUGCGGACGCCGAGCGGCACCAAGGUGGACAGGGUGGAUGCUGCCUUCGUCUGGGCCCACAACGGCAAAACCUACCUGUUCAGUGGGGGGCAGUUCUGGAGGUUUGAGGAAGGCCAGAACGCCGAGCAGACGACCAAGGAGCCAGAUGCCAACUACCCGCGGAGUAACGACCUCUGGACGGGAAUGCCAACCCACAUGGAUGACAUCAUCACCUUUGGGGAAGGAGACGCCUACUUCUUCAAGGAUGACUUCUACUGGGUGCUCAAAAACGGAGGGAUAAACCAGGAAUACGUCUCCCCCAAGUCCACCGCCAUAGACUGGCUGCGUUGUCCAGGUCCUCCUCCUACGUUCACUCCGGAGGUUUCUGAUGAUCCAAAGGAAUGUGCCUGUGCCUUCAGCAGAUCGUCUCUGUCACUGAGGAACGACUAUCUGAUCCUGGCUUCUGUCAUGCUGAUGUUUAACGCGUUGAUUUCCUAA